CGUCUGCUUUCUUUUUCCUUACCAGUCGUCCAGUCUAAAAAAAGAGACGAAAGUUAAAGAUUACAAAGAAAACGGAAUGAUCACUUUUGGGAAACGUGGCUGGCUGACUGCACGAAAAAUAGCACAACAAAAACAUUUUUCAGUGUGGUUGUCGUGUCAACUCUGGUCGCCUCUCUAUGGAAUAGCCUAAAACACAAUCCGCCAUGCAGUUUAACAGGUAUUAGCUAGGUCACAGCCAGCCAUCAUAACCACAAGAUAUGCCAGUUUUGCUUGUGCUUGUAUUCACUGUCAUCAGCAAUAAUCUUAGCAUCAUUCUUGGAUAAACAUCAUUCCAUUUGAUUGGAGAAAUUCUUCUUUCUUUAAAUCCCCUCUUUCCUCGUGUACACCCAUGUGAAUGUGGGUGUAUUCACGAGGACCCCCUUUUUCUCAUCCCGUCUGGUGUACUGCUUUUCUGCGGAUGGAGCACUUGUGGAUACCUGGCCGUAUUUCCCAGGCUUAAAGUGCGCUAAGUGUGAUGGACGGAGACGGAGUACUGGAGUAGGUGAUUUUCGUUGGAUUCUGGACGGGCUGAUAUCUAUUUCCAUUUCGGCGGGUCAAGCGCCCACAUCUGUACAUACGCUCAAUGCACGUGUAGGUUCCACCAUAUUCUUCCAAUUUGACUCACACCAUCUGUGCACAUAUAAAAAGGCUUGUCAACCGGGAGCAAUAUUCCCAGUUGAACGCGACGAUUUAACCAGGACGUGUGCUGAAAUCGACGUUCAAUUUUCUAUUCGUUUUACCUUUUUUCCACUUCGAGCUGGCCUCUAUUCUAUUUCGCUUCUUAUCAAGAGCUUCAUCUAUCGGUUAUCGACUCAACUGAGUACAGGGUCUGCUUUGUAAACACCAGUGCCCAUAUUGCGAAAGCGAGGCCAGCUGACAGACGGAAACUGACGCACCGGGAAGUGACUGCUGCAAAACAGGCAACAACUGAGCAGACAAAAAACAGACGGGACUAGCAGUCGACUCAAAAUGUUGGUUGGCACAAUAACAAGCUCCGUGUCAUACUGUUGCACCAGUCGGACCGAACGAUUCAACGCCGUUUUCCUCUUGGUCUUGGUCCUUGGAUUGCUUCACCCAUUUGCCAUGGACGCUCAGCAAACACCACCCAAUGUCAUCAGCGAAAUUCGAGAUGCUCUGGCCGGCCACAAAGAGCUGAGUCGAGUCGUCAGUUACCUGAAUCUGGGAGAAAAAGAAUUCUUGCAGAAUUUGUCUGGCACAGGAACACAAUUCACCUUUUUUGCUCCGACAAACUGGGCCUUCGUACGAGUUAUGCCCAUGGACAUUGCCGAUCCUUUCUACGUCGACUCCAAGUUGCGUCAAGACGUUUUCCUUCAUCAUUUCGUCCAGCGUUCGUUGACAAAAGAUGAUCUGCUUAAUAAUUCCGAAAUCGUGAUGGCCGAUCAAAAACCCAGCACUUUGACGAACAGUGGUUCGAAAGCCGACGGUGCUAUUCAAAUCAACAAAGCCAACAUCAAUCUAGAGCCCGUUUUCCUCGGCUCUAACAUGGGUGUCAUCUACAUUGUUGACAGGAUUUUCGCCACAAAUCAGCAGAUUGAAGAAGCCAUAAGGCGGCAUCCAGCCGUCGAGACUCCAUGGGGUCCCAUCGACCCAUCACAACACCAGGGCAAUGUCAACAAUCAAGACGUGGAAAGUCAAACGGUUGUGGUUGAUCUUGUCGAAGAAUUUCUAAGAGAGCAAGCUGCCGCUGCAGUGGCCGGACAGCAGCCUUAGUAUUAUAUAACGCUUUUACAUUGGUGCGGGUCCGUCUUUUCUAUUAAUAUUUUUAGGAUCACAUAGAUCCCCCCCCCCUUUUUUUUCUUAAAUUGUACAACGAAUACGCACCGUGAUGUCCUUUAUCGAUUCCUAUUGGUCUCCAUCUAAUCCUACAUUUAGACGACGGAUGCAAAUAAUUUGGUUUAAAUUGGGCCGACAGAUUUUUAUAUUCAUUAUUAUAUUAUAAGGCUAAUACUUGCGCAAUUAGCUAUUUUUCAAUAUGUAAUCCACAAUACAAUCAGUGUGCCUAUAAGGAAA